AACAAGAACGUUUCCAAGGACAAUUCAAAAUAGAUUCCAAAAACAAUGCAAGAGUUAAUUUCAGACAAGUAUCAACAUAAUGAGGAUUUCAAUAAUCAUUAUCCAUUUCUGGAUUUCAGUUUCAAGAACAAGCACAAGCAAUCUCAAGAAAGAUUCAAGAUGGAUUUCAAGAGUUUCAAGCAAUUCCAAAGUAUGAAGGCAGGAAACAAGAACAAUCAGAUCACCAUCUCAACGAAAUGGAUGAGAAAAUUCAGGCAACAUGAAUCAGAAUCGUUCCUUACAUCACCCCAUCACUCGUCUCACCACGGUUCUAAAAUCCACUGGCUAGCCAAGUCCAAAACAAAUCCUAGGUAUUCAAUAAAACCUAGGCUCGAUAUCACUCAAUCUGCUCUAAUGCCACUCAAUCUGGAGGUGCUUAAUUUAAUCCAAAACUCUUAAUUUCAACCUAAGCUCUGAUACCACUAAAUCUGACAUCACAAGAUCUUAAUUUAACCUAAGCUCUGAUACCACUAAAUCUCCAGAUAUCUAAUUUAACCUAAGCUCUGAUACCACUAAAUCUCCAGAUAUCUA